AUGUCGGCAAAACCCAGCAAAUGGUUGGCGGCGCUUGCCAUCCUACUUGGCCGGCUAAAACACACUUUCCGCAUAGCCUGUGUCGGCGGAGACGAGACCGUAAUAAAAUUGACAGAACGCUCUCAGAGCCUGAGAGGUGUCAUGAGGGCGGUACCAAAUGGCCAUUCUGGCCUAGAUCCUAACACAUACAUGAGUCUUCUUAAGAAACUCUAUUCUGUCGUCGGAUUGAAGCCAGAUUGGCUGCCAGAGUUGUCGGUUCAGAGGGAUCUAAAUGGGGCAGGCAAUCACGGAGCUGGGAGAGAAUUCGUCACGCUUGAGUCGACUCUGGACGGCUUUCUUCGAUUGUCUGAGAAGCAGGAGGGGGGUGAGGGCGUGUGGUGGGCAGCAAGGGUCGGUGGGAGGGAGGAAACGGACGCCGACUAUGAGGCAGUGGCGGAGGCGGCAGAAGCGGCAGCGGAACGGGGUUGUGGGACGGCCGACACAAGUCCGAUAAGUGGACGAUUGUGCGAGUCUGGUCCAAAGGCAAAUCCCGGGCGAAAAGGGCAAGAGACACAUGAACCUCCCAUCGUCUCCCUAGACGCCUUCACACACAGAGAUCCAGACACACUAGUCAGCUAUGCACACUCACACGGACAGAGAGAGGAGACGACUGGAGACGCCAUUAGUGCAGUUCUUGCUUCUGGUGCUCCCUCUCGCCAACUAUUUUUCUCUCUCUCUCCCUCCCUCGCUCGCUCGGUCGCUCUGGCGAACUUGAUUCGCGGACAGACCGUCAUGGUCUCAAGGCACCAGACGGAGCGGUACCAUGGCGCCAGAGAAGAGGGUGUCGGCAGUCCAGGCAAGAGUGUGAAAACGCACUUGCUAUCCGAUUUGGCUUCCAAAUCUCGGUACCAAUUCGAGACCCAAAGGUUGGGCGCUCCGCAUCCCGCGGAUCCGUUCGGUACCGCUUCAAGAGGUAGAUCGCCUCCUUUCCUACCAGCUCGAUGGGGCUCAAUUUCGCCUCAUUCACGCACAAACACAGACAAUCAUCAUCAUGAAGCAGUAUCCAACACCGACGUCGUUUCAUGUAAUUGUUUUCGCGCGGAUUCUGUUAACGGCUCCGCCGGCACAAUUAACCGGCAUUUCGUGAGGAGGGCAUGCGGGUAUGCCUGUACCGGCCUAGCUGCAGAUUGGUGUGUGUAUGAGACGCACCGUGGCCGAGUGGAUCGGUCUCGAUGCCGGAGUACAACACAAGAACCGUGUAGGCGAUACUUCGCUGAGCUACUCGAGGAGCCGUCCGACCUUGACACAAAUGAUCCGACCACUCCACAGCCAGACCUGUAUGACCCACCUUUGAGUUGCCCCACAUCUCGGCACCCCAUACACACACACACACACACAUUCACACACAUGUACAGGCAGAAGGCUUCUGUUCUUCCCAGCCGACGGUAUGCCGCCAGCAUACCGGGGGAGGGAAAAUCGGCGUUUAAUUGUUUUAUUGCCGGCAUUGUCGCCCAAUUGGCUGGCAGGUGGGCUCUGGUCGCCAUGCAACCUCCGAUUGUAUCGACUAGCCGCAUCAACCGACAAAUGUAUAUUCUUUGGUAA